UCGCCAGUGCGGAUCACUGAUCGUGCGCCCCCUCCAGCUCCGGAUACACCAGGUGUGUUCCAGUGCAAGUGUGGUCUGGCUGUGGUCAGCAAAAUCUUCCGCAUGGUAAUCUAGUCACCGUGAUUGUUGCUGUGCAACUGAAAGCUUCUGGGCAACGCGGGAACGUGUUUUUUUUGUGAACUGGUGAAUGGUGGCAAAAAGUGGAAGUCCUCUAGACCGAGGAAGAGUACUAGGCCGGUCAACGCACUAGCACCCGGUGGACCGAGUCCCAAGAGACCUUCCGUUGCCAUACGUUAGGCGCCAGUUAACCACUCGGAUCGGGAGUUUCAGUGCUUCGUAGUAAUCGAAACCGCUUCGCACCAAACGCAGCCAGUUCCGUCCCAUAAAGAGCAAGGCAGCGCGGCAGCGGUCCCGGGUUGGUUUGAUUGGAAACGGGAAGACCACCACCAGAAGACGCACGCGGUUUGUGUUGUGGGCCCACCAGCAGCAUACCAGUCGCCUCGAGUCGCAGAGAGAGAGCGAGCGAGACACGAGAGAAAAACAGAGAGAGAGAGAACAAGUGGCGUUGAUCAGAUAAAAUGUAAUUGCUUUAUUUUGUUCCGAUUUAUCGCACCAAGAGAUCGGAUCGGUUGGGCGGGCAGACACGGCAGAUCACUGGCUGUUCUGUGGCCACAAACUUCUCUUCCUGAUAUCAGUUCCCGUGUGAGUUCUCACAGUGACAGUGCGGUUCUAUUCUAUAAAAAAAAAAGAAACAAAGCUGACAAUUUAGGGUUCGUAGAAGGGCCGAAAAGAGACGAAGAGCGGAAGCGGUGAUUGAAAGGCGUGCACCUACCGUGCGGACGAGCGACCGAUGAACACUGAUUCACUGUCAGUGUCAUUCCAGUUCCCUCAAGGUCGCAAAGAACCACGGACCCAUAGACCGGAGCGGCACGAUGGAAAGGAUCGCGAUCGUCACCCUAGUGAUGGUGCUCAUAUCUUGGGCCACCGUCGCUGAACCCCUUGGACCCCCGGAGCGGCCACACAUUGUGUUUAUCAUGGCGGACGAUAUGGGACUGUAUGAUGUUAGCUUCCACGGAUCGAACCAAAUUCCGACGCCCAACAUUGACGCACUGGCUUACGACGGUGUCAUCCUGAACCGGCACUACUCCGCUCCGAUGUGCACGCCUUCCAGGGCAGCAUUAAUGACGGGGCGGCAUCCGAUCAACGUUGGCAUGCAGCACUACGUCAUCGAUAGUGAUGAACCGUGGGGGCUCGGGCUGGAGGAGAAGCUGAUGCCACAGUACUUCCGGGAGGCCGGUUACCGGACGCAUCUGAUCGGCAAGUGGCAUCUAGGGUUCUAUGCGGAGCCGUACUUACCUACGAACCGGGGCUUCGAUACGCACAUCGGAUACCUUGGACCGUACAUCGAUUACUGGAGCUACAUCUCGAAGAUGAACAGUGCCACCUUCCAGGGGUACGAUCUACGUCAAAAUCUGGCCGUCAACUACGAGGCAAAUGGGACGUACGCGACGGAUUACUUCACUGAGGCGGCCAUAGAUAUCAUUCGCUCGCACAACCGAACCGGUGAACGGAUGCUACUCGUACUGAACCACCUGGCACCGCACACGGGGAACGAUGAUGCACCACUGCAGGCUCCACAGGAAACGAUCGAUAAGUUCGCGUAUAUCCGGGAUGUUGAUCGGAGAACCUAUGCCGCCAUGAUGUCGAAGCUGGACGACAGUGUGGGGCAGGUUUAUCAGGCCCUCCAGCGGUACGGAAUGCUCGAGAAUUCGAUCAUUGUAUUUAUCAGCGACAACGGUGGUGUUACGCGUGGUAUGCACAGUAAUACCGGUUCCAACUAUCCACUCCGUGGUCAAAAACAUUCCCCCUGGGAAGGAGCGGUCCGUACGGCGGCCCUUAUCUGGAGUCCGCUGUUGAAGGACCGGCAACGGGUGUCGAACCAGUGGUUCCACAUCUCGGACUGGCUACCAACGCUAGCAUCGGCUGCCGGUAUUCCGGCGUACCGGGGUAACGACCUGACCGACAUCGACGGUAUCGAUCAGUGGGAAGCGUUAGCGUACGGAACUGGGAAUCCCCGGCAGCGCGUCAUGAACAAUCUGGACGAAAUCUUCGGUUACACCAGCUACGUGGACAAUGGGUUGAAGUACGUGAACGGUACGACCCUGGGUGGGGUUAACGAUGGGUGGUACGGUGCGAUCGAUGACAGCGAUCAGUUGCCCUCGGACGAAGAGUAUCUUCGCACCGUUAUGGCGAGUCACGUCGGUCGGUUGACCAAGCUGGACGAGAAGGUUGUCUCGUAUCUGCGGCAGCACGCUCGCAUUGACUGUGGCAAUGACAUUGGGAACCGUGACUGUAAUCCACUCGUGAGGCCCUGUCUGUUCGAUAUCAUCAACGAUCCGUGCGAAAUGCACGAUCUGUUCGAUCGGUAUCCGGAUCGGGUGCGCCAGAUACAGGAGCGCGUCGAGAAGUAUCGGUUACGGGCGGCCAAACCACGGAACCGGCCUCAUGAUCCUGCCGCUGAUCCGAGUAAGUUCGGUGGCGUGUGGAACUGGUGGAGGACGGAUCCAUCGCGAUCGGAUUUGGAUGUGGCGACUGCGCAUGCGAUACCACCGCCAUCGCACUCCCUGCCCAAGGACACGCAGCUCAUUGUAAUUAUCCCGAUCGUCGUAGGGUGUGUGAUCUUUGUAAUUGGUACCUUAAUUUAUCUUUCGAACAAAAACGUCAUUAAACUGUGCCGGCGCAGGACGAAGCAGAGCUCGGCCAGCAUGCCCAGCGAAAUCCCGACGACCAGCAGCGAGACCGGGGCCGAGGCGAGUGCUGGUGUAGGCGGUGCUGGUGCCGGUGGUAAACCGAAUCCGACCGAUGCCGUCUUUAGCUCGAAAAUCUACGUCAUUAGCGAUAGGGAUAUGGACCGGUGAAGCGACCGGGGAGGGGGCCCGUGUGUUUGGUAAAUUUGUCGAUUUGUUCUACUUCCUUUUGUUUAAUUAAUUUUGUAUGAUAAGUACUAACACACUGAGAAGAAUGGAAUGGAACGGGAGGAGUGCAAUUAACACGGUAGAGUUGAUUAAAUUAUUGCGAAAGUUCGCCUAACGGAGUGCGUAAUGGUUUCUUAUUAACAGUACGGUGCGGAUGGGCCGGGAGGGACGCUAAACAAUACUAAUCGGGCGGCAGCUGGUGGUGAUACUAAAUUCUUUUAUUGGUACACGUUAAGAACAUUCCUUUCUUUGCCCCUUUUUCCAGCGAAACUAAACCAAGUGCCUCAUGCUGGACAGGAAUUGGAUGGUCAUCUAUUGAGCAUCAAAAAUGACUUCAUCUGUAUUGCCUCUGUUGGACAUUAAUAAAAUAUUCGA